AUGGAUGGUUAUCAAACCUCCUUACCUGGUGGUGUACUGGCAAAUGCUGGAUUUAUCAAGCAGUUCGGUACAGUCGUUAGUUCCUCAACUGGAAAAAUCAGUGUAGAUGCACAGUACAUAUCCAUGUGGAGUGGUAUGGCGUACCUCUGUCAAUUCCUUGGGAACUGGGCUGGUGGUUUCAUCAGUGAUCGAUUCGGCAGACGAUACACCCUGUACGCUCUGACCGUCGUUUUCACUGGUGGUAUCAUCACGGAAAUCGUUGCGAGGAAUUACAAAGAUUGGCUCGCAGCCAAGAUGCUCAUGGGUCUAGGUCAAGGUUUGAUCCAACAAGGUGUACUUACUUACAUCUCCGAAGUUGCACCUACCCAGUUGAGAGGUGCUCUCAUGAGCACCUAUGGAUGGUCUUAUGCCCUCGGUCAAUUGUUCGUGGCUAUCGCCCUUAACACCUUGAAUAUGACCGAUCCAGACAACUAUCUCAAAGCCAUCUAUUCCGAAUUCGUAUUCUUGGGAUUAUGGAUCGUUGCCUUACCCUUCCUUCCUGAGACGCCAUGGUACUACGCCAGAAAGGAAGAUGAAAUCAGCGCGAAGAAGACUCUGUCGAAGCUUUACAAAGGCGUAGAAGGUUAUGAUAUCGAUAGAGAAUACAAUGCGAUGUUGGUUCAGAUACAAGAAGAGAAACAGAAGAGUCAUUCAAAUUCAGAAGUCGCAUUGAAAGAUAUCUUCAUGGGUCCUCAGCUCAGACGUACUUUUGCUUCUGUUUUCGCUUUGGUGAUGCAAAAUUGGUCAGGAAGUCCUAUUAUCUUCAACUAUACUACUUAUUUUCUACAACAGGCCGGUCUUCCGCAACCUUUCCAAGCAUCCGUCAUCGUAUACUGUAUUUUGAUUUUCUCCCUGAUGGUAUCUUUCUACGGGAUCGAGAGACUAGGUCGAAGAACCCUUAUCCUAUCAGGUGGUAUGGCCUGCACAAUUUUCAACAUUGCCAUUGCCUCUUUGGGAUUCGCAAGUCAUUCAAGUCCAGUCGAUAACGCUUCUCUCGCUUUCAUCUGUCUUUGGGUGUUCUUCUAUGCCUUCGGUUUUGCUGGAACCGGCUGGACGUGCGCUGCGGAGAUUGCCACUCCUCGACUUAGAGCCAAGACGACUGCUUUUGCUGCUAGUACCAACGCUAUCUCUGGAGCCAUCUUCAAUAGUACUGUCCCUUUGAUGAUCUCAGCAACAUCCAGAAAUUGGGGUGUAAAGACGCUGUACAUGUUUGCCAUUUUAGGUGGAUUAGGUACAAUCGUCAAUUUCUUCCUCCUUCCUGAGACCAAAGGAAGAACAUUUGCGGAAUUGGAUGAGAUGUAUGACCUCAAGAUCUCACCUAGGAAGAUGAAGGGCCACGUUACCACCCUCGAAGAGAGUGGACUGAAGCAACACAAGUAG